GCAAGUAGAUGUAUCAAUUUGUACAUCAAGACCACCUGCUGUUCCAUAGUUCUAAAUGCUACUACUGUCUUCGUUCUUGAUUUCUAUAACAAGUACACUCUACUUGUCCAAGAAAACGCAUUUGUUUGUUCCUCUGACAUGCUUUCACACAAUAACCUUUCUGCUUGUUGUAUAUCACACCAGUUCUACAAAGUCGCUACAGACAACCCCAAUAAAAUUGCUGUAAUUCAAGCUUGUGGGGGUCUUAAAUUCGCCAAAGAAUUUCAACUACUUUGUAACGAAAACGGCGAAAAAGAAACAUGCGAGAAGUUUGAAGAGUUUGUUUCUUUUAAAAGAAGGUCGGUUAAUCCCCCUGUUUACGAAGGUGAUGAGUGCUUCACGUUCUCCGAUGUUUUAUACGCCGUUGAUAAUCUCAGUUCACGGCUCAGAUGCAUUCUUGAUGGGAAUGAUGAUGACCCCAAUCUUGUCAAAGUAGUUAAUAUGCAUCAAACUGCAAAUAACUGCAGUUCUAAGGACCAGGUAGUCUUGGGGUCUUCUGAUCAAGGUUUAGAGCAGUAUACACAGCUCCAUAAAACAUACAGCCCAAGAAUAGUUGGAAUAUAUAUGGAACCUUCAGUUGAGUACAUUGUUUCUGUUCUAUCCAUUUUGAGGUGUGGAGAAGCAUUUCUACCUUUAGAUCCAUCUUGGCCAGAGGAAAGGAUAUUAUCGGUAAUAUCUUCUUCAAAAGCUGAUCUUAUUGUGGGCUAUGGUUCUUCAGUUGACAGAACUUGUCAUCAGUUGGAUAGAUUACGAUGGCUCAUUCAUAAAGGCAGUUAUCCUGUUUUUUAUAUGUCAAUGGAGGAUUUUAUCCAAAAAAAAUCUGACUCAUUGUUAGGCUGGCCUUGUGAAAGUGAAAGGUUGAGAUCAUUCUGCUACUUGAUGUACACAUCUGGAUCCACUGGAAAACCUAAGGGGGUAUGUGGCACUGAAGUUGGUCUUCUGAACCGCUUCUUGUGGAUGCAACGAUCAUAUUCCUUUCAAAAAGAAGAAAUCCUUCUUUUCAAAACAUCCAUAAGCUUCAUUGACCAUUUGCAAGAAUUUUUUGGAGCAAUACUUGCUAAUUGUACGUUGGUCAUACCUCCUUCCAAUCAGCUGAAGGACAAUAUAUUUUGUGUAGUCAAUCUCCUACAGGAAUAUUCUAUUAGCAGGCUCGUGGCAGUUCCAUCUCUUAUAAGGGCGAUUCUUCCUGCUCUGCAGAGCAUGUAUUAUUCUACAGCUCCGAUUUUCUUAAAACUUCUAGUGCUAAGUGGUGAAAUUUUUGAUAUGUCGCUGUGGAAGAUGCUUGUCAAGUUGCUACCCCAGACUUUUGUUCUAAAUAUAUAUGGAAGCACAGAGGUUUCCGGUGACUGCACAUAUUUUGACUGCAAGUGGUUGCCAACAAUGUUGGAGCAAGAUGCUCUGGGCAGUGUUCCAAUAGGCAUUCCCAUUGACAAUUGUGAUGUGGUUCUUGUUGGAGAAAAUUCUUCUGAUGAGGGGGAAAUAUGUGUCAGUGGAAGUUGUGUUGCUUCUGGAUAUUAUUGUCAUCCGUCUAUUUUGCCAUUGGAUAACGUGGAAUUACAUCAAGAAAUAGCUGAUGCCAAGAACGAUGAAAAAGAAGUGAAGUGUUACUUUAGAACUGGGGAUUUUGCCAGAAAGCUUUCAGAUGGAAACUUGGUUUAUAUUGGGAGAAAAGACCGCACUGUAAAGAUCAGGGGGCAGCGUAUUGCUUUAGAGGAGGUUGAAUGUGUUCUGAGGGGACACCAAGAAGUAGCUGAUUCUGCUGUGGUUUCUCGUUGUGUUCAAGGAGAUAUUUUACUUCUUGAAGCAUAUUUACUGCUCAAGCAAAAGGAAAACAACCUUGAGGUCUUCGGGUCCUCAAUUAGAUGCUGGAUGGCCGACAAACUUCCCCCAGCUAUGGUUCCUGCUCGUUUCUACUUUGUUGAAUCUAUUCCUAUAUCUUCUUCAGGGAAAGUGGAUUAUAACAUUUUGGCCACUUCUGCAGUGGUUGAGGCAGGUAACCAUGUUGAGAUUGACGAAACUGAAGAUUCCGAUCUCAUUAAUGUUAUACAAAAGGCUUUUUCUGAUGCUCUGUCGGUUGUUGAUAAAAUCUCCCUUGAUGAUGACUUCUUUGAGAUGGGUGGCAAUUCUCUAUUAGCAGCUCAAGUCUCUUAUAAUCUAGGAAUUAAUAUGAAGGACUUAUAUGCUUUUCCAACUCCAUUGAAACUUCAGAAGGCCAUUCAACACAAAAAAGUAUCCUCUAGCCGUGAACUUAGAGCUGAUGCUUUAGUGGGAGUGAACUCGCAAGUGCAAGAAAAAAGCAAGCUUCCUUCUAAGAAAUCUUGGAUGCCUGGUCUAGAUAGCAGUACCUCUUUGAGUUUGACCAGUGAUUAUCCCGUUAAAUGUUUGAAAACGGAUUCAGCUUUGGAUAUUGAUCCCAAUGAUGUAAAUGGAAGAGAUAUGAAUAAUUCAACUUCGUCACAGGUUUCAUGUUCUUACAGCGGGUGCAACAAAGUAAGGCAUGAUGCAGGUUGUGAGGGUUACAGUUGCCAUUCGGUGUUGUCUUGGGAAGUUCCUUGUGAUAAAAUAGGUUUCAUGCGAGAACAGUGGAUGGUCUACAUGGAGUCUUGUAUUGAUGCAUCACCACUGGUUGUAUUUAAAGAAGGAAAUGUUUAUCUGUUUAUCGGAGCUCACUCCCACAAAUUCUUUUGCAUUGAUGCAACAAGUGGUCUUGUUUUGUGGGAGAUCAAAUUACAAGGACGUGUUGAGAGUUCCGCAGCAAUUCUAGAUGACUUUUCUCAGGUUAUUGUCGGAUGCUAUGACGGAAACAUUCAUUUUCUGAACUUUUCAAAUGGCAUCCCUUGUUGGAAUUUUCAAACACAAGGAGAGGUCAAAUCACAGCCAGUCAUCGACAAAGAGAGGCACUUGGUCUGGUGUGGGUCACAUGAUCAUAAUCUCUAUGCCCUUGAUUAUGAGAAUCGCUACUGUGUUUACAAAAUUCGAUGUGGUGGUAGCAUUUUCGGUGCACCUGCACUUGAUGAGGUGCUUGAAAAACUCUAUGUAGCAUCCACUAGUGGCAGAGUAACAGCACUAUUUGUCGGGGCUCUGCCAUUUGGUCAACUAUGGGUACAAGAGUUUGGAGUUCCUAUUUUUGGGUCACUUUCUGUCAAUCCUUCAUCUGGAAAUGCUAGUCACAGAUCAAUGGAGAUUUGGAAUGUGGUCAUUGAAAAGUUUGAGAAAAGAUUGGCCUCUUGGCAACAACAGUACCUUUCUCUUGGCGGCAGAGUAACACUCAUCAAUAGUGUCUUGGAUAGUAUUCCUACUUACUUCAUGUCUCUGUUCCCAAUACCAUCAGAGGUUCAAUAUCAACUUGACAAACUAAGGAGGACUUUUUUAUGGGAAGGUAAUAGCGAAAAUCACAAGUAUCAUCUAGUCGAGUGGGACAAAGUAACUCUUCCAAAACAUCUAGGUGGUCUUGGUAUAAAGGAUUUAGCAUUACACAACAAAUGUAUGUUAAUGAAGUGGCACUGGAGGUUUAACCAAGAUGAUGCUGGUCUUUGGAAGGAGAUUAUCCAAGCUAAAUAUGGUAGCACUAGCCAUUGGUGCUCCAACCCAAUCUUAACUCCUUAUGGAACUGGUUUAUGGAAAGAUAUCAGGAGAUUGUGGGAUGAGUUCUUUCUCAACACUUCCUUCCAAGUGGGAAAUGGGGCUCAUAUUCUAUUCUGGAAAGACAAAUGGCUUGACUCUAUUACUCUUAAGGAUGCUUUUCCCAGGCUGUUCCUUAUAACAACUAACCCAGAUUCAACAAUUGCUCAGAACUGGGAGGACAACUCAUGGAAUUUGCACCUAAGGAGACACCUAAAUGACUGGGAAAUAGAGGACAUGAUAGCAUUGAUUGGGUGUCUACAGAACAGUCCAGUUCUCACUCAGAAAAAUGACAGGCUUAAGUGGGGCAGUAACAAGGACGGUUCUUAUUCUGUCAAAGAAGGCUACCUGCUUCUGACCUCCAACAAGGACCUGAUUGAUCAAUGGCCUUGGAAGCUGAUUUGGAAAAUCAAUUUACCGCCUAAAGUCUCCUGUUUCUGCUGGGUCGCUCUAAAAAGGGCUUGUUUAACUCUGGACAACCUCAUGAAAAGGAAAUUUCAUCUUGCUAAUAGAUGUUACAUGUGCCAUUGCACCUCUGAAACCAUUAACCACCUAUUCUUACACUGUCCAGUUGCUACAGAUGUGUGGAAUAUGUUCCUCACUUUGUUUGGUUUGCAAUGGGUUAUACCGCACACUGUCAGGGAAGUUUUUGUCUGUUGGAGUUCUUGGAAAGUUGGGCAGGUCAUCAGAAGAAUCUGGUCUAUGGUCCCUGCUUGCAUUUUGUGGUGCUUAUGGUUGGAAAGGAACCAAAGAUGUUUUCAUGUUAUAUGCUGCAUGGUGGAUGGAAGUGUUGUUGCGCUGGAUACUGAGGGAUCUGUCGUCUGGAAGGUGUGUACAACUGGCCCAAUAUUUGCUGGGCCCUGCAUAUCUCGUGCACUACCUUCGCAGGUGCUUGUUUGCUCAAGAGAUGGCAGUGUCUACUCCUUUGAUUUGGAAAAAGGUGAUUUAUUCUGGAAGCACGGUGUUGGACAUCCAAUUACUUCAUCUGCCUAUGUUGAUGAACACUUGCUAUUGGCAUGUAUUGAUUCUUCUCUGUCUCAAAGGUUAGUCUGUGUUUGCUCCAGUUCUGGAAGUAUACAUGUUCUCCAAGUCAGUUUGAAUUUUGACGGAGAAAAACAACCAUGUGAUAUGGUGCGGGACUUUGCUAGGUUUGAACUUGGAGGAGACAGCUUCUCCUCCCCGGUGAUGAUAGGUGGGAAAAUAUUUGUUGGUUGCCGGGACGACUAUGUGCACUGUAUUAGACUCCAGGAAGAAAUACCAAUAUAAGCCUAUUAGAUCUUGUCUUUCACAUGCUCAAUCUGUGGGGGUAUACAACUGUAACACCUCGUAUCUUAGAACUCAUGUUAGACUCGUAACGUAGAGUUUCAGAGAAAAAUUUGAAAGUUUGUACGUAUUACGAAAGUGGUUGACCAGCCUACUUUGGGCACCCGUAACUCCUUGAUUAGUUGAUAAUUUGAGAAAACUUAAAACAUGAAAGUUGUAUCCCUUUGGAAUUGCUUUCCAACGGUAUCUUAUGGAGCUCAAACGGAGCCUUGUGCUAAGAGUUAUGCCUGUUUUACUAUCACUGGUCGGAGCAGAAUUUUCAGAUUUUGGGUUACAUUUUUAGCCUUUUCCUACUCAAAUUGGGGCUCCUUAUUUUAUUAUUGUAUGAAGUAAAAACGUCCUAACACUAUUCUAAACCCUAAGAGACUAUUCUUUUUCUCUCUACCUCCAUCCCUAAAGAACCUAGACACUUUAAUCUUGCAAGAAACUCAUUCUUGCAAUCAAGAAAAAUCAAGAAACCUUCAAGAAUUUGGUUUGGCAAUCUAGUUUCCUAAGGUUUCCUCCAAGGUAAAUAUUUUAAUCAAGAACCUUUGUAUUCUACAAGAUUUAUCAUUUAUAAAGACUAGAAUAAAUCCACCCAUCCCGUUACCCUAUAAAAAUCAGAGUUGUAAAAAGUUGGAGAAAACUCUAGUAUUUUUCUGUUGAGUUUCAUUCCGACCAGCCAUAUUAAUUUGGUGUUUCCCGAUAAUCUAACCGUUGGAUCAAGCCCAAAUUUUAACUGAAUGUUCAUAACACAUAAGUCUAAAAUAUGAACGGUGGAGAUUGGAUUUGGAUGUCCGGAGCAGUACCCUUUGAGCCACGAACAGUAGCUGCGAAAAUCAGUGAAAAUCCUCUCAAGGUUUCCAAAUUCAAAGCUUUUGGAAUUCUUCUUCAAAGAUUCAGACUUUUCUUCAAGUUUGGAGCGAUUAAGCAAGCCAUGUGGUUCGCUCGGUCACAUGCAGUAUGACACCGAGUGCCGUGUUUCGCCCAGACCAUGGUUCGGGGCGUGACAACAACUCCUCAGUAUCGAAGCAUCAAAUAUUGGCAAAGAAGUUUCCUGCGAAUUAUUUGAGCCUUGGACUUUGGAAGAAUCAAACUAUGAGGAAAUCACGAGCAUCCUUGACAUCCUUCUAUUGCUGGAAAUGCUGUGGUGAACUUUGAGAAAAGAUCUGAUGCAGUGUGGUUCUUGGUGCACUUUAGGUACCCUGUGAAAUUUUGUCAAACUCUUUGCAUAGAGAAAGGCUUAGUGCAUUUCCCACUUGGGAAAGGAAUGGUUAUUUUUCCUUAUAUCACCAAUAAUUUGAAUGGAAGAAGAUACUCGGUGCAAUAUCCAGAGCGACUGUUUGGAAGGACUAAAUAAUGAAUUAGGUCUCAUUCAACUAAUGUGCUCACUGUCCACCUUCCUGAUGACAGAGUUGCUCCACUUAAAGCCUGCUUUCGUGAGACAAUUUUGUUGCUGUUGUGAAAGCACUAAAUAACAAUCAAGUCUCUCCAACUAGUGUGCUAAUCACCCAGCUUCGUGAUGACAAAAAAGGGCCCCACAUAAAGCCAGAUGGUUGCUGCUUUCCUGAGACAUUCUGCUUUUCUUGAUAAGCAGUCCCAAAAGCUGGCUGAUGAGGUAAGGAUUUCCCAAGAUCACAAAAGGAGAUAGCAACUCAUAUAAAAUGGGUGUCCAAAAUUGGCUAAACUAAGAUAGGGAUGGGCCUGGCUUGCAUCAUAUCAAGAAAAUGGAUCGUGAACCUAACUCAAUCUCAAAAGCUAACGCAUGACGUAAGACUUGCUCAAGGCAAGUAUGGAGACAAUUCAUUCCCUCAAAAAAAAUAUGGGACAUACUAAUACUUCCAAUUCAUGCUCAACAUUUCCUGCUUUGACAUGAUUUAUACCUCAAUGCUUCUUGAUAACACUUGGCCUGAUGCAUCAGAUAGAACGAACCAUGUGUGAAACCGCAUUGACACACUAAGCAUUUUUCUCUAGAAUGAAAGCUAAGAGACGUGGAAGUCGUGCCUUAUUUGUUUCACCUCAUUUCUUGGUAGGUUGUAUAAAUAUCCUCUGCUUGCCUAAUCGUACGCAUCUUUAUUUUACAAGAACGUAUAUAACUGACCGAUGAGUGGAUAGUGGUGAGUAUCAAUUUACAUGCAGGGGAUGUGCUGCCAUUGAUAUGAAAGUUUAUUUCAAGACCCCUCUUAGUAAUUGUGUGUACAGAUUGGGUUAUAGCUUUAAUGCAAUUCAUUUUAGAAAAGCAAUUGACAAUACAAAAUCAGGCAACUGCCUUCUAUUGGUAA